AUGAACGAUGACACAGAUGCACUAAAAGUUCUUGUCCAAUGUAAACGACUUAGAGGGAAACAUGCGAAAAUCGGACCGAACCUCAUCCGUGAACUGGAUGGGGCGGUGAGAAGUGCUAGACACUCGGCUCUUUGGGAUGUUGUGUUUCGAGGGUCACGGUCUGGACUAGAUUCACGGUCUGGACUAGCUGUUGGUGUUGGUGUUGGUGAUUCACGUGAUAGUGGUGUUGACAGUGAUGUUGACGCUGCUGGAGCUGACCAUGAUGCAAACGCAGAUCCUGGUAUAGAUACAGUCGAAGUGGACGACACACCAGCCAUAUCAGAUACCACAGCAGGCUCAACGAUCGGCGUUCUCAUCGGCACAAGACCUGCCACGAAAGGUGUGGUGGAAAGUAUGCGUCGGUCGACCAGGGGAUUGGUUUGGAUCAUGAUGGAAGAAAUUGAAGUUGAAGAGGAACAGAAAGAGCAAGAUGAAAUCGAAGCCGUAGCUGAAACUGAAACUAAAAGGGGGACCGAACUCGAACUCGAAGGAGAAGGAGAAGUUGAAGCUGAAGUUGAAGCUGAAGCAGCAGCAAUAGGAGAAGGAGAAAGAAUUGAGCAAAGCGAGUCUGUGUCGACAUGCAGUAUUCCGGACCGAGAUCAAUAUCAAACCAAGGACACUGAUAACCACAGCCCCAGCAACAGCCCCAGCAACAGAAGAACCAAGAAUACACCAACCACCCCAUCAACCAGAAAUGGCAUUUCUGACAGAGUCUCACCUGCUCAUCCCCAUUCCCAUCCUAUAUCGACGGUGCGAGGCCGCGUCGUCCAAAUCCUAUGGAACCAAGCCGCGCGCGACCUGGGGCUUGAGGGGAUCGACGUGGUCAAACGGUACAACGGCAGCCAAGGAAGCGAUGCCGAAGGAGAUGAACAGGAAGGAGAAGAAGAGGAAGUGGUGUUGAUGCGCUCCGAUGGUGGGAUUGUUUGGGGUGGUAGUACUGGUGGUAGUACUGGUGGUAGAAAACAGUGGUAG